AUGAUCAGCCAGCUCGGAGACGAUCUCCUCGUACAGAUUCUUAUCCUCCUCCCCGAUCCUAGAUCCGCUUGCCGGUGCAAAACAGUCUGCAGGCGGUGGAGCUCCCUCAUCUCCAGACCCUCCUUCAAUCGCCGCUUCGUUUGUCACCACCAGGGUUUGAAUUUGAAUUUGAACCAACUUCCUAUGCCGGAGGAUCCCAACGAGCUGCAAUCGACCAUUCGGAGCGUCCUCCCUCGCAUCCCUCUUAGAUACGUUCGAGACGCUUUAAGAGUUCUGGAUUGCUUCAGGGACUUGGUUUUGUGCGGGUUCUGGGAUCUGGGCAACCACAACGACGAAUUGGGGAGAUCCUACCUGGUCUGCAAUCCGUUCACCAAGCAGUGGAUUGCCCUUCCUCUGGCGCCUAAAAAGCCUGUUGGGUAUGAUGAAGCCGUCACGAGGUUAGUUUGUGAACCCUGCAAUCCUAAGAAAUUCGAUCUAGGAGAUGAUGAUGACGACAAAGCCGCAUUUGUUUAUUCUUCCGAGUAUCGGUUCCGAGUAAUGUGUAUGUAUCAAGUGGACUUGACCACGAAGCUAGACGUCUUUUGUUCAGAGUCUGGGAAAUGGAUCAGGGAGGCCCUUGUUCUUAAAGGUCAUAUCAGGCGCGGUUGCAAACGCAUAAUUUCUUCCUCGGAUGGGAAGUUGUUCUGGUCGUAUCAUGAAGUUGAAGACUUGGAAGCUGGCCAGAUUAAUCGUUUGGUGGCUGCCUUUAAUCCUUUCCGACUUGAUAUACCCCCCACUUCUAUUGAUGUUUCUGCAUUCUCUGCGAAACCUUGGUGGGUGAUUUCGGUCUCACGAGGAGCGCUGCACGUUAUUGCAUUUGAAGACAACGCAUCACCUGUUCGACGUUUAAGCAUUUGGAGUCUAGAAGAAGAAGACGGUAAAUCUUGGAGGAAACUGUGUGAGGGUUUGGUGAAUGAGACAUCAAAGUGUGGUAACUAUCAAGUUGAUAGCUGUUAUCUACCUAUUCUGCAUCCAAAUAAGCCGGAAGUUGUCUUGUUCAACUGGCUUGCUGGUGAUGAUACGAAUGCUAUGUUGUCCUGGGAUUUGCAAAGACAAGAGGUAGAGUUGUUCGCUAAACUGGAAGGGGGGACUGCUGUCAAUCGUUUUGUAGUGUUCCAGCCUCGUGUCCAUUGCUGGCCUACUCCAAUUCCAAGUUACGAGGAGUUGCGUGGCUUGUACAACGGUAGCUACCAAUUUUGGGCUCAGAGUGGCAAUGAAGGAGCAGUUCCUAGCUAG